AUGUCUGACCACGUGAGUUUACAUGCGGACGAGUCUGCAGAGUCUCAGACGGACGAGUUCAAAACUACCGAGAUCAUCUGUGCGUCUGAAGCUCAAGUGCUUCGAGUCUCCGUGUUGCAGACAGUGCUGGUCAGUGCUGGUCAAUGUGACUCGGUGUUUAAAGGUUUCUCCGACUGUCUGCUUCAGUUGGGAGAAAACAUGGCGAAUUAUCAAGACCUGGACGACAGGGAGAACCUGCACAAGAUCUGCACUUACUGGGAUAACUUCCACUCCUGUGCCAUGACGGCUCUGGCCGACUGCCAGGAAGGAGCGACGGACCUCUGGGAGAAGCUGAAAAAGGAGUCCCGCAACCUGGAUUUCCGUGGGAGUCUGUUUGAACUCUGUGGCGGCAGCAACGGGGCCCCCGGAUGGAGCGACGCCAGGGGCCACCGCCGCCGCCUCGCCGUGCUCCUCACCACACUGCCCACCAUACUGACUUGGCUGGCGUUUUAA